AAAAUGGUUCGAGCCUGGUACAUGGAUGAUUCUGACUCUGAUAAAAGAGAGCCACACAUGUUGGACCCACCAGUAUUUCUAAGCUUAGAGGAACUCAACAAAAAAACCGGUGUGGAGUAUUUCAAGGCAACUACAUUAUUUAAUAAUUUAAUGUACUAAACCUUUAUGCUCUCACUGAUGAUUUUACUUGGUUUCUGUUAGCCACUUACUCAGGAUCAGGGUGGCCAACUCAACAAAAAAAUAACUUACUGACAAAUAUUCUAAAUAUGCAUACUUUUUAAUUUUUUUUUAACAGACAAGCAUUUUUCAAAUAAACUUACGAAGCUCAAGAAGUAAUUUCAAAUGACCAUUUGAUUAAGUUAUUGAUGGUUAUGACUCUUAAGUCAUUUGACCAUGAGGUUUGAGUCUAUUUCAUAAUCUUAUUUUGUGGUAUAGGAUUUUCAUUAAUGUUUAAUUUCUCCUGAUUAAUUAUGAUAAUAGAAGUUUCUAGCAAGUAAGAAGACUUAAAAUAAAGUGAGGCAUCUCGUACUGUUUCACAUCAAAAAAUUUGUGAACAAUGCCUUUUUUUUUUAUGGAUAUCUUACAACACCCUGAAGAGUACCCAAUCAGUUAUUGUCCAAAGCAUUUUUUUGAUACCGGUACCCCAAGCGAAUCUGAAGUCAUGUACUUUUUUAAAAUGUUACAUUAAAACAUAAUGUAGGAAAUUUUUUUCUUAAUAUUUGCAAACAGUUUGAUGCAGACACAUGGGAGUUGAAUAAUGAACUUGCAGAACUGAGAAAAAAAAGAGGGUACUCUUUCGAAGAUGUCUGUGAAAUUUCAAAAGACACUUUACCAGAUUACGACAACAAGGUAGUGAUUUGCUAUUUGUUGGUCUUACAGAAUCAUAACAACAUGCUCAAAACAUAUUUUCAGAAAUACAGUGGUCACUGGUAGAAGUGACAAGUUCUACAGCAAAACUAAUUUGAAAAAUAUUCUUUCUGACUUUUUUGUUAAUUUUUAGAAAAUGACAAACAAGUUAAGAGUUUUAAAAGUAGAAAUUAUCACCAAUCCACCAGAGUAUGACAUAUACUAAUUUUGCAUGAAUGAUAUUUAUCCAUAAUCUGAAUUUGAACAUAUUUUCACGAUUAAAAACCUGCAGUCUUCCAUUCAACAAACUGAGAGCGAAUCUGUGAAAUGUAGUUUCAUGAUUUUUUCAACUUUCAAACUUGUUUAGCAACUAGAAUUUUUCCCCGUCAUUAUUUUAAAAUGGUAUUGAAAUUUAACUUUAUAAACUCUGAUGCUUUCUUUUGCUCAUUUUCCUAUACAAUUUCAGGAUUUCUUCAACUUUUUUUUUUUUUUGAACAGCUCAAAGCCUUCUACACUGAGCACAUUCAUUCAGAUGAGGAAAUAAGAUUUGUGACUGCCGGCUGUGGAUAUUUUGACUUCCGUGACCGUGAUGACAAGUGGGUUAGGGUUGAGGCGGUCAAAGACGACUUGAUCAUUGUUCCAGCCGGUAUUUACCACAGAUUCACACUGGACUCUUCGGUAAGGGUUUUCGUCAAGUUUAAAUUAGUUUUUUUAAAAGGAUUUUUUUAAAAAUUCACUUUGGUCUUUAUUUCUAUAUUAUCUGGUUACAAUUUUUUUUUACAAGUGGUUAAAAGAUAUUCAAAUAAAGAAAAUUAAAAAGUGUAAACACAUCUGCGAACUUGGUUAUGAAAAGUUGAAAAGUAGGCACUUAUAUAAAUGCUUUUAUCUUAUUGGAAAUUGGUAUGGUUUUCAUUAAUUUCAUUUGAAUGGAAUAGAAGAGGCUCAAUUGAAUGAAAAAUAUUCUCACCUUGGCCACUUGGGUCUUUGCAAGUUUUAAUGAAGGGACACAGGUACUGAAUGAGUGGUCAGAUUUUGUCAAUUUAAUGUAAAAAAAUAAAAUAUGUGAUGCAUACCUUCAUUUUUAUUAAUAUUUCCACACAAUUUGCUUCCUUGAAUGGCUCUUUUGCUGGAAGGAAUGCAGUCUUCAAUUAAUUAGUUAUAUCCUUUCUAUAUCAAAUACACUUGAAACAUGAUGUUAAACUAAGAGAUUCAAAUCUUUAUGUGCUCAGAACUACAUCAAAGCAAAGCGUCUCUUUGUUGGUGAACCCACUUGGACACCCAUCAAUCGGCCUGGCGCAGAGGAUCAUCCUGUGAGGAAGGAUUACCUCAAAUGCAUGGCCAUUGUCAACUCAUAAGGCCAGGUGAUUUUGGGGGCAUUUACAUACUUCAUAUGUUUGUGAAAGCAUAUAAGUCUCUUUUAAACAACUAUUAAAUUUUUAAGCAGUUAUAUUUUAUAUGUAAAUACAGUGUAUGUAAUUUUUACAUUAUUUAAAGUUAAGGUUCGUUUUUCAACUUUUUCUUUAAAGAAGUCUGUGACUCAGUCAAACAAAAACUCUCAGAAGAAUUUCCUUGAAAAAUUUUGUAAUUUAUGUAUUUUGAUCUAAGUGAAGCAACUUUUACACAUUGCAAAUUUAUUGGCAUUAAUCCACUUAAGGUUGUUUUCUUGCUCCUUCUUGUCCAUUUUUAUUACAUACCAUGAAAUGCCUUAACUGCAUAAAAAAUAACCAAUAUUUAAAAAAAAAAAAAUAGAGUGUUUUUAUCACCAUGAUUUCUGUUGCAUUAUAAGAUAAUUUUAAUGUUUUUUUUUUUUUUUAAAUUUUUCUCACAAGGAUUUGAAGGCAUUAUCCUUUUUUUUGCAUUUAGUUAAUUAUAGGAUGCUCACUCUGUUUUAACUUAUUUAGUGAAUCAUAGGAUGCUCACUCUGUUUUAACUAUUCUUAUUUAUGAUAAGCAGAAUCAGACAUUUAUUAUUAUGCAAACUGAUUUGAAUGAAAAUGACGAUGUGCCGCAGGCUAUGCUGUGAUAGAGCAUUAAAGAAAAGUAUUAUUUUUUCAUCUACUCAUCUGUUAGCAUGUUUGUGCCUUGUGAGAUUUGUCUUACCCAUUUCUCAUAUGAAGGCGAGAAAUUUUCUUAUUUUAGCUACAUGUUAACCUACUAAUAAUAAUAUUACAUAAGUGAAAGUGAUUUAUUUUACUAAAUUCAACUUAACAUUACUAGAAAAUGAGGUUAUCCACUCAAAAAAAGGGUUGGAUUUUGUGACCAAAAAAAGAGUGUAUUUUAUUAAAUAUUCAACAAUUUAAAAAAAAAUUAAAAUAUUUAUCACUUCCAAUGUUUAGUUAAAUCCUCAGAAGGAUUCUAAUGUUAUUUAUAAAGGGUUUUUGUUGUGCUUAAAAAGGUUGUAUGACUAAUGCAACGAAAGUCUCCAAAGUUCUUUAAACAUGGACACUGACUAUUUCAACACUGACCUGGACACUGACUAUUUCAACACUGACCUGGAAACUGACUAUUUCAACACUGACCUGGACACUGACUAUUUCAACACUGACCUGGACACUGACUAUUUCAACACUGACCUGGACACUGACUAUUUCAACACUGACCUGGACACUGACUAUUUCAACACUGUGUGAGAGAUAUGUUUAUCGAGAGACAUGUUGUUAGAAAGAAUAUAACCAAGAUUCCUAGCAGAGGGUGUAAACUGUAUGUCGGAGUUACCUACUUGAAAUGAGGUGGGAAGAGUUGAGGUAGAGGAUGAUUUGUGAUUGUAAAUGAGAAGUGCUUCUGUUUUGUCAGUCAUCAUUAAGCUUCAACUUGCUGAGUGUCAUCCAAGACUUGACAUCAUCAAUGCACCCCCGCAAAGUCUGGACAGCGGAAUCGACAAGAGAUGGAUGGGUAUGCAUGUAUAGCUGCGUAUCAUCUGCAAAUGACUGGUUCUCAACAGCAUGCCUCCCGAGCAAGAGGAGCAGUGGCCUGGUAUACAUUAUGAAUAGAACCGGACCCAAAACGGACCCUUGUGUUUUUGUUGUGCUUCAAAAGGUUGUAUGACUAAUGCAAAGAAAGUCUCCAAAGUUCUUUAAACAUGGACACUGACUAUUUCAACACUGACCUGGACACUGACUAUUUCAACACUGACCUGGACACUGACUAUUUCAACACUGACCUGGACACUGACUAUUUCAACACUGACCUGGACACUGACUAUUUCAACACUGACCUGGGGUAUUAUUUUUUGGAACACAAUAUUUUAAUUUAAAAGUAUUCUGCCAUUUAUGUCUGUGUAUGUAAACUUGGUUCAGUUCCGUGCCAGACUCAGCACAAGUCUAAAUCUGUCUUCAGUGCCAGACUUAGCACAAGUCUAAAUCUGUCUUCAGUGCCAGACUUAGCACAAGUCUAAAUCUGUCUUCAGUGCCAGACUUAGCACAAGUCUAAAUCUGUCUUCAGUGCCAGACUCAGCACAAGUCUAAAUCUGUCUCUGACUUAGGUAGCAUGGUUUCUUAUAUCAAUUAAUUAUUUACUAAAGAGAGAAAAUAUGUCUCAUGAUAAUUUUGUUUCAUUGCUUGUUGUAAUUUUUUUUUUUUUUGGCAGCCUUUGCAAUGUAACUUAUCCUGCUAUUUUAAUUAUGUGGUUCAUUCAUUUUCAUGUUUAUUUUUCUGCAGUAAAAAGGGACUUUUUGGUCAUAAUUAAAUCUUGACGUAGUGUUAACUUUCACUUUCGUAUUGUUAGCAGUAAAAUUUCAGUUGCAUAGUUGCAUAUCCUAAGUGAUAAAUCAAGUAGGAGCCAAAAUGAUCAAUAAAUUGAUCGUGGGCCCUUAAGAUAUAGAAGAAGAAGUAAAACAUUUUAUAAACAGGAUAAAAUUGUUUUUAAAAAAAUAAUUUUGACUCAGAGGUUCUUCAACUUGAUAAAAUUCCAAGGAUCUCUUCUUAUUACAAUUUACUGGGAUAAUCCCAUUCUGCUAAUUAUAAAUGUUCUGGAGAAUCAAAUGUAGUGUGAUGCAAAACAUGGCUACUACAAAAACAAUAUAAAUACUUGUACAAUGGAUUAAACUGGAUGUAAAUUUGUAAAGUAUACUUUCAAUAAUUCAAUUAAAUUUUUUGAUGGUUUCCAGUAAUGACCUCAGUUAUAAGAAAUGGAAAGAUUGCUGCAAACUAUUUUUAAUGAAUUAUUUCGUAUUUACUGAAUAUUGGCCAGUAAUUGAUGCAUUAGAACUGUUGAUCCAUGGGGUGUUUGUUAUUUUUAUUUACCUGGUAUUAGAAAAUCAGAAUUUUCAAACACGGCAUUAUGAUUUUCAUUUUGGUGCAAGUUUUAAAAUGUAACCAAUCAAUGUAUUGUACUUCUUGAUUUAUUAAAGAUUUUCUUGUGAAAAUUUC